GUGGCCGCAGCCGUCCCAGCCCCUGCGAGGAAGCGGCGCGGCUUCCUGGGGCUUGGGCCGGGGAUAUAGGCGCCCCCGCCCGGGCCCGGCUCAGCGCCACCGCCCCUCCUCGCCUGCGCGCCGCGCGAUGGCCUCGCUCCGGGCUGAGCGCGCAGCCGGCGGCCCGCGGCUCCCCGCUCCCCGCGCCGGGCGACCGGCUGCGCUCCGCCUCCUCCUCCUGCUGGGCGCUGUCCUAAAGCCCCAGGAGUCCCUGGCUCAGCUUCUUCCCACUGAAGGCAGCUUGAAGUUAGAAGGGAACAAGAUGGCUGACUAUGAAACCAGUGUCCAAUUUUGCUGGCAAUCUUAUAAGGAGCAGAUGGACUCUAUCCCCAAGGAUUGGUGCGACUGGGCCAUGAUUAGCAGGCCUUAUAGCGACCUACAGUAUUGCUUGGAGCAUUUUGCAGAAGCAUUUGGCCUGGGCUUCCCCAAUCCCUGGGCAGAAGAGGUCAUCUUUGAGACUCACCAGAUCCACUUUGCCAACUGCUCCCUGGUGCAGCCCACCUUAUCAGACCCCCCAGAGGAUGUACUCCUGGCCAUGAUCAUAGCCCCCAUCUGCCUCAUCCCCUUCCUCGUCACCCUUGUGGUAUGGAGGAGUAAAGACAAUGAAGCCCAGGCUUAGGGUGUUAUGAGCUUUUCUUGGAAGCCAUUUUACUCCUUUUCCCUGCUACCACCAGGUCUCUCUUCCCCUCCCUGCCUCCCUUUCUCACUCCCACCCCCACCACAGAUCCUUGGACUGGUGGAAAUGGAAACCCAGCGGUGUCACAGCACAAGUUCUGUACUCUUCUAAAUAAAAGGUUUUUUUUGUACUA